AUGAGAAGAUUCUGUACAUCUGUUCUGCUGUAUCAAGAAGGCCACAGUGCAAUCAAACAAAGGUUGCAACAACUUGCCGAAGAAGCGGCCCCUUCCGCAGCGGAUCCCAGGGCAGGUCAACCAGAAGAUGCAUUACCAUAUGAUAAAGUAGUUCUACAUUCGAAACUCGAUAAGAUAGCGCAUGAUCCUUCGAAUUACGAAUACGUCCACCAGCAAGCCAUUGGAAUCAGUACACUACCUGCAUCGGCUCCCAAACAUUCCCGUGAUUUGGCCAUGUCCAAACCAUGGAGCGGCACUGAAUCUCAUAUUGAUUCGUCCAACCGGAUGCUCCAAGACUCCAUCAAGCCGCUGAAUGUUCCUGCUACAAGGCGGACACGAUCAGUCUAUGAACGGUUGGGCGACGCACGUGAAUCAGUGCUUGAUUAUCAAUUGGAAAAGGUAUCUGAGAGAAAACAAAAGACAGAGGAGGAAGAAUGGAGAGAAAUGUAUAAGGAGAGGUUAGUUGGGCCCUCCAUGUUUUUGAACGACUCGUUUGCAAGCGUGGACAACAGUAUCAAGUCGCUAGCAGACCAGAGGAUCAUGGAAGCCCAACGGAGGGGGGAGUUCAAGAACAUCAAGCGUGGAGAACCUCUCAAGGGCGGCUACGGAUCUACGGAGAACAUGUUCAUCGAUCGGACGGAGUAUCACCUGAACGAGAUCUUGAAGAAGCAAGAUGCUUUGCCGCCGUGGAUUGAGAAGCAGGGGGGUUGUGAUAUGAAAAUUGCCCAAUUCAGAGACGAGUUAGACAAGGACUGGCUCGAGUGGGCAAUCAAUCAUAUCAGUGUCAAGUACCCGGGUAAGUCGCCCGAGAAUAUUGCAAAAGAGCUCAACAAGCUGGCGGCAAAUGAGGCCAAGGGAACGGGAGAUAGGUUAAGAAGUGAGCAGUGGUUAUACACCCGAGGAGCAUACUUUAAGGCCAGAUUGAGAGACUUGAAUGACACCAUACGUGGAUACAACUUACAGGCGCCUCUGGCGUCGCAGAAACUGUACCUUCUAAUGGACAAGGAAUACAAUGGAUGCUAUAAGAGGGUAGCGCCUCUUCUCUCCGUGGCAUAUAAACGGCACGUCAUCAAUAGUGACUCUACUUCUCCUAGGUUUCCCUCGAUUAAUAGUAUUCCGCAACAGGGAAACGUUUACCAGCAGCCCACAGAGUCACUCUUUGAGAUGUUCAAGAAACUGUUCUAG